GGCCUUGGAAUGACUUGCUAGGAGUGCCGCCCCCCUGCCGCCCGGCCGUCAUGGCAGGUCGCCUGGUGAAGCGAUGCGCCUGCCUCCUGAGAGAGGCCGCCCACCUGGCCCCUGCCGGGCCCCCGGCUGGCCGCCUGAGCCUGGCCAGGGUGGCUCGUAAGACUCUGACUUCCUCAGCUACCUCACCCAGUUCCCACUUCCCGGUCUCCUCGUCGCAGCCCCUGGAGAAGGAGCAGUCGAUCCCCCCCUACCCGGAGCGCCAGGAGGUGGACGAGCUCAUCAGGAAGGCCACUGGGCCGGAGGAGCUCCUGGAGCUGCUGGGCGGUGGCCACGGCCUGCAGCAGGACCAGGCGGCCCUCGUGGUCAUCAGGCUCUCUCGCCUGCUGUCCGAGAGGCCAGAGGACAAAGCCUGGGUCGUGCAGGACGCCCGCUUCCAGCAGCUUCUCCAGCUGGUCAGCAGUCAGAUCACCACCGUCUGGCACGGGACCCUCGUGAAGCUGCUCCGGAGCCUCUACACGCUGGCGCUCCCCGCCACCUCCAAGGAGCUGCUGUCGGUGGAGCAGGAGGUGCGCUGGCGCAUGCGCAGGCUCAAGUUCAAGCACCUGGCCUUCCUGGCCGAGUCCAGCAGGAUGUAUUGCCUGGACCUGGUGGAGCAGUUCGGCCCGGAAGAGCUGCAGAGGGUGCUGGUGGCGCUGGCGGCUCAGAACCGGCGGUCUCUGCCCUUGCUGCGGGCCAUCUCCUACCACCUGGUCCAGAAGCCCUUCCCCCUGAACAAAGGCGUCCUCCUGGACCUGGCCUAUGCCUACGGCAAACUCGGCUUCCACCAGACCCAGGUGUUCCAGCGCCUGGCCGCCGACCUGCUGCCCCACGUGCCCAGCCUCACGCCUGGCGAGGUGGCCCGCUGCGCCAAGUCCUUCGCCUUCCUCAAGUGGCUCAGCCUGCCCCUGUUCGAGGCCUUUGCCCAGCACGUCCUCAGCCGGGCCCAGAGCGUCGCCGUGUCCGACCUCUGCAACGUGCUGCUGGCCUUCGCCCGCCUGAACUUCCGUCCGGAGCAAGAGGAAGCGUUCUUCAGCCUGGUACAUGAGAAGCUGGGGAGUCAGCUGGCCGACCUGGACCCAGCCCUGCAGGUGGACGUGCUGUGGGCCCUGUGCGUGCUGCAGCAGGCCCGGGCAUCGGAGCUGCAGGCCGUGCUGCGCCCUGAGCUGCACACCCAGUUCCUAGGUGACCGGUCCCCCAGGGGUCAGAGCACCUUUCAGAAGCUGCUGCACAUCAACGCCACAGCCCGGCUGGAGCACCCCGAGUACGCAGGCCCCCUGCUGCCAGCCUCGGCCUUGGACCCCGGGCCCCCGGGCCCUGAAAGGAAGGUGACGCCCCUGCAGAAGGAGCUGCAGGAGACCCUGAAGGGGCUGCUGGGGGGAGCUGACCGGGGCCGCUUCUCCGUGGCCACGCAGUACGGCUGGGUUCUUGACGCAGAGGUGCUGCUGGAUGCCGAAGGCCAGUUCUUGCCCCUGAGGGACUUCGUGGCCCCUCAUCUGUCCCCGCCCUCGGAUGGCCAGCUGCCCCCGCCUACGGCCAAGAGGCUGGCCUUCCUGCGCUGGGAGUUCUCCAGCUUCGCCAGCCGCAGCAAAGACCUGCUGGGCCGCUUUGUGCUCGCCCGACGCCACGUGUUGGCUGCUGGCUUCCUGGUGGUGGACGUCCCCUACUAUGAGUGGCUGGAGCUCCGGUCCGAGUGGCAGAAGGCCGCCUACCUCAAGGACAAGAUGCGCAAGUCGGUGGCAGAGGAGUUGGCCAAGUGACCUGCCCGCACGGACUUCCCGGGGCCGGGUUCCCGGGGGCCCAGCCGUGGGCCCUGGGCUGCAGGUGGCAAUGAGGACAGACGUGCAGGGCCUGGCCCAGCAGCGCUGC